GGGCAGAGAGGCGGAGAGGCGGAGAGGCCGAGAAGAGGCCUCACCAUCCCCUGAGGUGACCAGCUGGGGAAAGAAGCUGUCAGUGGGCCACACACGUAGAGCUGCAGAGGCCGAGAGUGGCGAUGCGUUUGACGCCAACAGGAAAGGGGGACAGAGCGCAUCCCCUGAUAUGGAGGAGCAGCUGCAAAGCCAGGCAGCCAUCUCUGUGACACACCAUGAAAGGUAUUCUCACCGUCCUGCUGAUAUCUACAGCCUACAUGAAGUUCUGCACCUCAUGUCCAGCCCAGUCAUGCAGUAUGUGCUCACUGGACAUCACCAUCUGCAAUAAGCUCUCCAGGAUCAUAGUGGUUCCUGAGACCACAAAGGCUUUGAUGCUCACAGAUGGACUGAUAACCUUGGUGGACAACAGCUCCUUGUCUGAUCUAUCCAACAUGACUUUGCUGGGACUGAGUAAUAACGCCAUCCUGGGGAUUAUGGAGAAUGCCUUCCAGGACCUGAAGCACCUCAGAAUCCUGCUGUUAGACCACAACCAUAUCACGAGCGUCUCCAUCCCGGAUUCAACCUUCAUCCAGCUGCAGAGUCUUGAGAUGCUACAGCUGGGAAACAAUGCCCUCAAGGGUAUCAAUGGCAGCUGGUUCCAAGGGAUGAGGAACCUCCUGACCUUGCAGCUCGAAGGGAACCUCAUCACCAAGCUACCUGCUGGCAUUUUCAAAUCCGCCAGCCUGGACAAACUGGAGAGUCUGGACCUCUCUGAUAACCUGAUCGACUUUCUAGCCAAGGGCAGCUUCCUUGGCCUUCCUCAGCUGCGCAGACUGGACCUGUCCAGGAACAGGCUGCGCAGCGCCCCGGACGCCUUCUCCUACCUGACCUGGCUGUCUGCACUGAACCUGGACUACAACCAGUGGAACUGCACGUGCGAGCUGCAGGAGCUGGCCUCCUUCCUCAGCAGCUACAUGCAGGCCCCAGACAAGGUGCUCUACAAUGGACGCAAGCUGGUCUGCGUGAGCUCGGCCAACCCUGCUGUGCAAACCGUGCUGCAGCUCACAGAAGCCAACUGCGUGCCACCCAAUGAGAACAUCACCGUGUUGGUGAAGGCCGGGGGGGGUGUCGGCCUCGAGCGCUACGCUAGGGACAUCUCGCUGGCAGCCUGCCUCUUCUUCGCUGGUGGCGUGGGGCUGACCGUCGCCGCUCUUUACAUCAUCUACUGCAAAAUGGAGAAGAGGAGCCUGAAGUCUUGGAGAGAGAGGAGCCUUAUUGCACUGGAGGCAGGUGGCACAGGCGCCAUCGCGCAGGGCCAGGGAUCGCCGCAAUGCCGAUUCACCGAGGACAGUAACGUACAGAUCCUCACCAUCACUCACCCCGGGCAGGAUGCCAAAGCGGCAUUCCCCCAGCGGGAGCGGCAGCUAGCCUUCGAACCCGCAGCCAGAGAGAGGGCUCUGCCACACACAGAGCACUGCUCUCCGUGUUACCGCUGCAGCCCGCCAGCCACCAUGCUGAGAGAGCACGUCUGGGCUGAUGCCGGCGGAAACUUCAGUCCGACCCUGGCAUCAGAGGCUGGGCUGAAGCCAAACAGAGACUACCGAGUUCAAAACCACUAUGAGAGAUCAAAAAUUGAGCACCAUGUCUUAAACAACCAGGAACGUUUCAUGUACCAGCGCCAAAAUGCAGGAUUGUCUGAGGAGAAGGACUUUGUUGGCCAUCUGUCCACGUACCACUGGGACAAACCAACGCAGAACUCCAAGAGGGCAGCCGGCGGCAGCUACAGAGACCCCGAGGACAACAGCUUCAGAUCCAAAGUCCAGAGCAUUCAGAUUCCACCAGAGUGCCUGGCAGUGAGCUGCGUGCAGCGUCAGAAAGCAUAUGAGUACCAACUCUUAGGAAACCAGAGCGGGAGUAGGAGAGAGGAGAGUGCAGCCCACACGCACCUUACAGAGAUACCAUCAAGCAUGGUGACCACACUCUACAGAGAGAGCAAGCUCAGGAGCAUGAACAGUCAUGUAGACGCUCCAGGUCCAAAACAGCAGCAGAGGAGAACCGGUCUGCAUUUACAGCCACAGAGAAACGUCACCUUUAACUUGACAGACCCAGACAUAUGUGUUCUGACACUCCCAAAGAAGAAGAAACCACAGGACAAGCCAGAGAGUCAAGGGCCAGUUGUGUGGCCCCCUAACAACAAGACCCCGAAAGAUGAGAGAUGGGUGAUUCAGGACUGGACAAACAAACAGGACCUGAAUCACAGCUUGUUGAAAGUAAAGCUCAACUUGAACCCACUUAAGAAAAGUCGAGUCCAUCCAAUUCAUAAAAAGGAACUUCAAACUGGACAGAAGGCCAUUGGGAGAACUGAGAGACUCAAAAAGACCAGAAAUAUCAAAAAAGAGGCUGAUUCAUGCCCAGAGACAAGAGAACCAGGACCUUCGGCGAAAGUGCGGAAAGAUAACAAGAAUAAACCAGCAACGAGACAAGCAGCUAACGUCAAGGUACCUGGCCAAGCUCAUCACCCUAGAAACAGGCCUGUACUUAAAGGGAACUCAACCAGACUCAAGGAUGGUUUGGAGAAAACCCAUGGUGGUGCUCCAGAGCCCUCUAUGAGAUUAGGUGUUGAUAUUCAGAAAAGUGAAUCAGAAGUGACACGCACACUAAACAACAAACACGGACAGGAAGCUUCAUCAGUAAGGAAUACAGUUGGAUGUCAGACAGAAGGAGAAGAAGAUGCAGCCAGGGUCUCCUCUGCACAAUCCAAGAAAAGAGAGAUGUCAGAAGAUGCUGUACAAGAAGUGUCAGCUAGUGAGACUCACCUUGCAGCACCACUGGGGCUGGGAGAAACACCCAAUGGCCAACGUGAAACUCCUACUGAAUUUGUAAAAGGACCAUGUGAAGGCGAAGGAGAAUUGGAGCGAUUUCUGAGUUCUGAGGAUCUUACCCAUAGACAUUCAUCUGGCCCACACACGCUUCCCGAAAACCCGUGUCAAAGCUAUUCCAACAUGAGCUCAACAGAUAGAGCCGAUGACCAAAAGAAGGAGGACAUGGGUGAAGACCCUGACUUGGGUCUACCGCAGGAAGAACCGCAGGAAGAACACAUCGACACCUCAGCCAACCAGGAGGCAGCAGAACGCACAGACAUGAGAGCGCUUGGAGCCACAGGAGUCUCUGAUGAAAACAGAGACAGCAUUGUAAUGGACGGCACUCAGACCAGCAGCUCGCUCGAGCCUGAGUCCAUGGAGCCUGCUGCUCUCAGCCCAGCAGAGAGUGCAAGAGCAGUGCCCCUGGAGACUGAGGGUACAGAUGCUGUAUCUGACUCGCUCUGACAUAGGAGCCUUGCCCAAUUACAGGGCAGCCCUGACCAAUGACGGAGGAGCACUGUCCAAUCACAGGGCAGCACUUGCCAAUGACAGAGGAGCCUUGCCCAAUCACAGGGGAGCACUACCCAAUGACAGAGGAGCCCUGUCCAAUCACAGGAGAGCACUGCCUAAUGACAGAGGAGCCCUGCCCAAUCACAGGAGGCAGGCUGAUGCCCAUCCUGAAGGCUUGAACAUCCUCAAUAAUAGCAUGAAGAGCAACAGACUGCAGGGUGCACUUGAGAAGAUAAUGUGAAAUG